GUCAAAACAAAAACAAUGCGCAUUCUCUAUUGCUAUUGCGAAUGAUUAUUGGGAAGAGUACGUUUGCUGUUAUUUCAAGUUACUAACUGCACGGUCUGCACCAAACGAAGAAAUAAUUUCUGUAUUCAAUUUUUUUCAUUGCUGACAUCAUGAACAGUUCAUUACAAAUAAAUUUGAAUUACUCUGCUAUUGAAGCUGCGGUGGAGGCCCACAAUGGACUCCUGGAGAAAACGGCUGCAAGGUUAAUUCCUCAGCUCUCACGGCUCACUAUCAGCUUUUCCGUGACCCGUCCUUCAAUUCAAGAACUGAAAUUAGCAGCCUCCGAAGUUUUGGAAUCUCUCAGCCUCGCAAGUAAAGAAAACAUCAAGGUUGCGACGGUCGCAAAUGUUGACUGUAAGAUUGUCACUGAUUCAAGUAGCUCAAGAGAAGCGGAAAUAAUAGUCGAAUCACUGAGGGUUGAUCGUGAGCCCAAAAGGAGCAACACAUCCAAGACACUCUCCGUCCAAGACAAUGCUUGUCAUAUAGACUUGAGUGCUCCUGACGUUCGAGAGAUACGCACGGCCACCAACUCGUUGCUGGACCGCCUGCAUCUUGUGACUGAAACUAUCCGUAGAUUUGGCCCUGCAUGUCCAGCAUCAAAGAAGCUCUGUUCCCAUCAAAUACCAUAAAUGUAUUCUUUUAAUUGCACGCAAUAUGGCGCUCAUAGUAACAUUUCAUUCUUCCGUGAUUAUAACAUUACCUGCAAAAAAUUAUUAAAGUAAGAUUCAGACUUGUUAACAUAUAUAUUUGCA